AUGGUGGAGGAUUAUGAGUUCGCUGGAGGAUUCUAUCCUAAUAUGCAUCCGCAAGAUGGUGUUAUCAUCGAUGACACCGAUCUUGGAACGAAGCAUAGUGAAGCGAGAUUUUCACAAGGGCUUGGUAAGAGUAUCGGCGUGAUGAUUAACAAUGGAGACAUAAGAGAAUUAAAGAGAACCAACGGUGACUUUUCCACAUACAAAGUGAUAGUCCAAGUGCGAUAUGCUUCAUCCGUGAGUGAAAAACAAGGUGGAUACUCGGAGGAUUUGGUAAGAAUUGAGGUAAUAAGUGACUAUGAUCAUGAUUAG